AUGGUGCUGUCACGAUUGCGGACUGCUAGAGUUAUCGUUUCCGGCGAUUCGUUCGUGGGGCCCCAAAGAGCGCCCCUCAAGUUUCCCGACCCUCAGCUUCUUUUUACCCACCCAACCCGGUGCCGGCUCAGUCGUUCUCGGCCCCACCACCUGACUAACCACUGCCAUACCUCUAUAAAUCCCGCGGUGCCUGGAGAUAUAUCAAGAAAAAGAGACAGAGACAGAGACAGAGACAGAGAGAAGACUUCAGCGAUGGAGAACAGCACCACCCCAAAGCCUAUCCGAUGCAAAGCGGCGGUGAGCAGAGCACCGGGGGAGCCGCUCCGGAUCGAGGAGGUGGUGGUGGCUCCACCCCAAGCCUACGAGAUCCGCAUGAAAAUCCUCUGCACCUCCGUCUGCCACACCGACGUCACAUUCUGGCGCAUGAAGGGCUUCCCUGCCGUCCUGCCCCAGAUCUACGGCCACGAGGCAGUCGGGGUGGUGGAGAGCGUGGGGGAGCACGUAGAGGAGGUGGUGGUCGGGGAUUUGGUGGUGCCGACGUUCCUGGCACAGUGCGGGGAGUGCGGGGAGUGCGAGUCGGAAAGGAGUAAUAUGUGCGCGAAGCUGCCGUACCGGGCGGUGGGGAUGCCGAGGGACGGGACCACCAGAUUCACGGACGCGGAGGGAGCGGUGGUACACGGCUUCCUCGGUGGGGCCGCGAGCUUCAGCGAGUACACCGUCGCCGAUGUCGCGCACGUCGUCAAGAUGGACCCGGCCAUCCCGCCGGAGAAGGCCUGUUUGCUUAGCUGCAGCGUCUCCACCGGGGUUGGGGCAGCGUGGAAGGUGGCGAAGGUGGAGGCGGGGUCCACCGUGGCCAUAUUUGGACUCGGAGCCGUUGGUUUGGCGGUGGCAGAAGGGGCGAGACUUCGAGGAGCUGGGAGGAUCAUAGGUGUGGAUUUGAAUCCUGACAAAUUCGAGAUUGGUAAGAGACUCGGAAUCACUGAUUUUGUUAACCCAAAGGAGCUUGGAGAGAAACCGGUUAGCCAGGUUAUCCGGGAGAUGACCGGCGGGGGUGCAGAUUAUUGCUUCGAAUGCAUCGGUUUAGCAUCCUUGAUGUCUGACGCUUUUCAAAGCUCUCGAAUAGGUUCGGGUAAGACAAUCAUUCUUGGGGUGGAAAUGCAUGGCUCGCCAAUUAUGUUGGAUUCUACAGAGAUCUUAAGAGGCAAAUGUGUUAUGGGUUCAUUAUAUGGCGGAAUUAAGCCUAAGACCGACAUUCCAAUACUCGUAAAACAAUAUCUUAAUAAGGAGCUUAAAUUAGAUGAAUUCAUAACUCAUGAGAUGGGUUUUCAUGACAUAAACAAGGCUUUUGAUUUGCUCAUCCAAGGAAAGAGCCUUAGAUGUACCAUAUGGAUGGACAGAUAAGAUGAGAAAGAGAAGCCCCAUAACAUUUAUUAUUUGUGAUUUUGUUUAUUGAUGUAAUAACAAAUAAGUGUAAGGGGAAACUAUAAAUAGCUUUUUUUUUAAUUUCAUUUUUGCUAUUUUUUUAGUGUAUUCAAUAAUUGAGCCUGCAUCAAAAGGCCCAUCUUGUGAACAACAUUGUAAUGAUGAUAUAAGUAUGCGCGACCGGAGUUUACUCCAUA